GGUGGAUAAACUGUCGUAUAGUUUAUAAAGCACCGUUCUACCUACUAUCUCGUUGCACUUUCUCAGUGAAACUCACAGAGAACUACUCGUAACAGUAAAUUUAAUUGUUUUGUCUCAACCCUUUUAUUCUAAAUUUUUUACAACUCAAUUUACAUCAUGCGAAUUAUUAUCCUGGUAUAUCUAACGGUCGCUCUAGUGUCAGCUCGACGUGUUCAAUUGCGUCCACAACUAGCAGCACCCCAGAUAUACUACGAAGAUGAAGACACCCGACUGUCUGCUGCCGAAGAAGUAGAAGCAGAAGAUGGUGCGAGUUACUUAUCAGAAAGACAAGAUACUGCUUAUCAACCACGCACACGAGCACUUCCGUCGCCACGAUCCAAAGACAUCGAAAGCCCAUCAAAAGUCGCGCCGGUUCAGACAAUUCGUAAUUACAACAAAGUAAAUGACGAUGGAUCAUUCACAUUCGGUUAUGAAGCAGCUGAUGGUUCAUUCAAAGAAGAAACUCGUGGUACCGAUUGCGUUGUUCGCGGCAAAUAUGGUUACAUUGAUCCAGACGGCAAUCGUCGUGAAUUCGAAUACGUAUCUGGAAACCCUUGUGACCCGAACGCACCCAAAGAAGAAGAUGAUGAGUUACCCAGUAAACAAGAACCCGACGAAAUCGGCGGACCAGCAAACUACCCAUUGAUUCGUCCACGGCCACAGAAAAACUACCCACGUAAGCCAACUGCCCGACCACCAACGACAAUUUUCCAAAGCGAAUUGACUCUCGAAGACGAGGAAGCCAGCCAGGAAUUGAAAGCCAAUGACGAACCGGUGCUCAUCCGACCAACUUAUCGUCCAAAAGUUAAACCAAAUUACCUUCAAGUUUCUGCUGUUCAGGGAGAAAGUCUUGCCUACGAAAGCCCGAAUGCUGUCACACAGUCCGCCAGUACAACAGCCAGCCCCGUUUAUCGAGUGACCUCUCCAGCGCCACGUUAUCACAGUCUGGCCAGUCCGACGUCAUCUCGACACGUACCAACGCCAUCUUAUCAAGCCUAUGAGUCUACAUCCCCUCGUCCCCAAUCAACAGUUGCCAUUACACCCCGUCCCCAUUUGCUACAAAUAGCCGCUCAAUAUGUUUCGCCCACCAGCACUGAAAGACCUGGUGUCAUUUACGCUAAGCAAAGAAGUACUACCGCUAAUUCAUUGAUACCAUCGCCGUCUUCCAAUGACGUCCACCUCAAUUUCGCCGCCGAAUUAGAACGAUACGUGAAAACAGUUCCGGUAACAAGUCGACCAGUUGCCAAAGUAACUUCCGUUAAAGCUGACCCAAUUUACCAAUCGGAACUGGUCUAUGACCCAACAAGUGGACAAUACAGCACCCAAUUGUAUCAAAGCUUACCCCAAUCACUUGGCGACUAUCGGGUCAAUCAUAAAUUGCAGCCAUACGUCGCUCAACAAAGCGCGCAAUCUGCCCUUGGACUUCAGCAGCAGCAACAGCAGCAUCAGUUACAGCAACAGCAGUUGCAGCAACAACAGCAGCAACAACAACAACAUUUACAACAACAGCAACAACAACAACAACGAUACCAACCACAAUCUAUUCCAAGACCCAGUCCAAGACCCCAACCACAGGAAACUAUUUACCGACAACAGCAGACUGAUCAAUUGCUACAGUCCCAGCAACUUUUUGCCCAACAGCAACGACGUCAACAACAGCAACAACAACAACCGAAAUAUCAAUAUUUAGGCGCACAAAGAGAUCCAAAUUCUUAUUAUUAUGCUGUUGCUCCAUCACAAUCGCCCAGCUCUGCUCCACUUUCCAUAAGUCAAAUUGAUCAGUUCUUACGUGGCAGCACAACUGGAUAUUAAUUAUCCUGUAGCAUUAUGAGAAUACAUCGAGAAUUUAAGUGGAGGUAGAGGUGAUAGAGCUGGAGUAUUAUUACAGAGUUUAAAGAGUGAGAAAAUUUUGUAUUGCCGUUGCUAAAUAAUUGUGGUGCUUUUAUGCAAUUAAUGAUAAUUUAGAUACUUCGGCGGCUUUUACAUUUACAUUGUAAUGUUUUGUCUGAUGUGUGGGUAUACACUACUAUUAUUAUUAUUAUUAUUAUUAUUAUUAUUAUUAUUAUUUUGAUUUAUGAUUUGUGAGUUGACAUAAAUUUUAUUACCGCGAAACCGAUUGCACCCUAGGAAAAUCGUCCCCGUUUUGGGUAAACCUCGUAACUAAUUUUUUUUUUAUAAUUAAAAUGAGUGAAAAACAUUGUUUACAUAAAAAAAGCUUCAAAUUUUGAUAAUUAUAACAGGAUAUUCGAGAGACUUGAAUUUUAAUAUUAACGCACGUGUAACAAUAGAUAUUUUGACCGAUUUUUGAAGACAUUAUAAUUUUGCAGUUACGAGAUUUACGCAGAAAGGGAACGAAAUAUGUUUGUAUUGUUUGAUACUGUUUAAUACUCAAUUGCAAGAGUCGCAGUUGCCAAAAUAACUUUUUUUUUUUGUUAGAUUUAAGAUUUUUUGUAAUGUUAAUGGAUCAGUUAAAUGGUUUAUUAUUUUCGGGAUAUAGACUUUUUUUUUGAAAUCAGGAAAAAAAUUUUGACAGAUUGUUUUUUUUUUCAAAAAUGAGGUAAGGAUACAGUCGUUUGAUUAAAUAAUCGAUGAGAUUAUUUAGGGGUCAGGGGGGGGGGUCUCCCGAAAUUUAAUAAAAUAAAUUUUUUUUUGAAUGUUUUUCAAAAAUUUUAAAUCAUGUCUGUAAAUAUAAUAGAGCAUUAUUUUGAAUUUUUUUUGAUAAACUUUUUCAAAAAUCGAGUGUCAGAUCAAAAAUGAUGGAGGCUUUUAUUUUAUGACAAAAACUAUUAAAAUUUUUCUUUUUGCAUCUAAUAAUUUUGUUUAAUAUCUAGAGUUUUUUUCACUUUUUUUAGAGGAUAUCCCAUUUUGCCCCCCUGCCUCCCGUACAUAUAUAUAUUAACUUUUGAUAGUUAUACUUCUGGACUUAUAACGGUCGCAGUUUUUGGAAAUGGGACCCCAGAAUUUUUGAUCAACUGCAGAAAUGAAACUGAUCAAUUUUUUUUUAUAUUAAAUUUUGACAAAUAUUUUUCAAAAAAUCUAGAAUCUGUUUUUAUAAUAAAUAAGGUAAUAAAUGUACUUUGAUAUGAAAUCAAUUAAGAAUUUCAAUUUUAAAAAAAAAAUUUACGUAUUUUAGUAAAUGUUCAAAAAUUUCAGUUAUCAAAAAAAAGUAUGAUUGGUUUUUUAAAAAUAUCUCUGUAAAUAUUCAAUUUUCAGAAAAAUUGUAAGAAACCUUUUUUGUAGAGCUUAAAAUUUUCUAUAAAAAAGAUAUCUUAUAAUUUUUUGAAAAAAUGAAUCGUUUUUAAGAUAUUUUAAGUUUAAAAUUUAAAAAGUUAUAUAGCAAAAUUUGGAGUUCAAAAUUUGGAGAAUUAAAUUUAUAAAUUUGGUUUUGAAAAUUUUCUGGGGUUUUCUUGUGACUGUGACUACAAGAGUUUAAAAUGCAGUAUCUGGAAAACUUGAUGCCAUAUAUUUAAAGUUUAUCCAAUACAAUCUGAUACUGAUACUCUGCUAAAAAUAAAAAAAAAAACAAAUAAAUAUAUAACUAUAAACGAUGCAGUAUUUCCACAAUAUAUAUAAUUUCCUUAUAAUCUUGACAUCUAAAAAAUACUUAAAAAACUAAACUAUAAAGGUCAAUAACUGAGACAUUAACUUUAUGCAUAAUAUAACUAAUGAAAGAAUUCAAAUUGUGAUUGCGUCAACUUGUCCGUCCAUAUGUAGCAUAAUUAUCUCAUUUUACUAUUCAUAUGUCGCAUUAUAUAUUUCUAAUGCCACAAAAGCGUUAAUAAUAAUAAUAACUCUUCCUUUCAUACAUAAAAAAUUUUUUUAUUUCAAAAUUUAAAUCAAAAAGUUCAGGCCAGAUUUAAAAAUCUGACAAAAAUUUUCUGCAAUUAAAAAUUUUUUUAGCGACACCAAACGGGGUAAAAUAGACAUUUAAAAAUUUUUGUAAAAUGGUCCCAUUUUACCUCGGGUUCAUUCAAAAAAUAAAAAAAAAAUUGGCAUAUAUUAAAUUAAUAAAUUUUAUUUUUAUUAAAAAUAUAUAUGAAACAUUAUUAACGCAAAUUGUAAAUAUUUUUGAUAAUAUAAAUAAU